AUGGAAACUGUCGGCCAUUACUGCAAAGAAGCGCAUCGUUUUUCCAAACAGGAGGGCCCGGUGGCGCAAAGGGCUGUCCGGGCUCGCACCAAGAUUCCAUCGGCUUUAAGAAGCAUCCACGAUAGCAAGAAGCAGGAAGAAGCUCUUGAACUGGUCUGGCGCUCGGCCUACUAUCCGUACGCCCGUUCUUCCACGGAAACUGCAAAGCUGCUUUGCCCUAUAUUUUGUGGAGAACUUAGCGAAAUUGCUACUGAAUUCCCGCACUUGGCUGGUAAAUGCUUUCUUUAUUGUGGCGAUUUGCAUAGGUAUUUAUCAAGCGCUGGCUGGAUAACAGUACUUCACUAUAAGAAGGCCUUUGAUGGGAAUCCGGACUGGGGCCAGCCAUUGAAUCAAUUGGGACUGUUGGCCGAUCCGCCUGGAAAUAUUCGGUUAUUUUUCAACGCCCUUCUGGCAAAACAACGAACGAAUUUUGCUCUGGAAAAUUUGCACGUUGCGCUACGAAAAGAGCAGAAGAGUGGCCUGUCAAAACUGAGUGCUUCCAUUUUAUCGUCGAUUGUUUCGAAUAGCAGCCAUCACUCGCUGCCCAGAGAAUGCAAGGAAUUUUUGACGGAGCUGCGAGUCUCGGAAUUGAAUUUCGAGGCUCUUUUGUUGCUGCACAAUCUGACGCUGGGCUCUCUUCUAGAUGACCAGACGAUCCGCGAGUUGAUCUUAAUGCUAUCGGAUUGCUGGCAAUUCUUCUUGAACAAAGUCCAAGCUGCUUCCGCCGAUUUCCUAUUAGCGGCGCGCCAAGUUGUCAGCUUGCUCGAGGAGCAAAAGAGAGUGGUACCCAGGGCUUUGAAGGAGUCGCUGGAAAAGCUUGGAUCAGCGCUUUGCGACAACGCUAAUCUGAUCAUCGAACCGUUGGAGACGGCGUGCGAGGAGGAAGAUCUAGACGAUUCCAGCCUGCAAACACGUCUGCGCUGGGAUGACAAGGUUGCCCUGAAAACUGCCGCUCAUUUCCUGUACGACUGUGUUGAUGCUCCGGAGAUUCCGAUCAGUUUUAGCACAAUGUUCACAAUCAACGCUGGCGGGCCGAGGCAACUAUCGUUGGAAGAUCUCGGAAAGCGGAUGGCAAAGCUAAAGGCCAAUUUAGGCGACAUUGAGGAUCGUUCCUGGUUGCCCGUCUACGGCGUCCCCGACCUCUCGGUAUUCGAGGGGAAAUGCGCUACGCUGCGCCAGAUCAUGUCGCAAGAAAUGCCGAAUAUUGUCAUCCCCUACUCCAUUUUGUCGUACAUUGAUCGAAACAAGCACAAGGGCUACAAUUAUAGAAAUGCUUUAAGGCUAAUUUUGAAUGGGCAGCGCAACAGUUCGCUUCGCGUGAUCGGGACCGAUGCUCCACGCGGGGUUACGGUAGACGAGGAGUAUCUGCGGGAAGAAGUCGUGCAAACUGCGAUGUCUCUUGUGCCGAAGAACUGCGACGAUAGUGGGAAUCUCAUCACGAUUCUGACGACCAACAUCGAUGCAUAUCCGCAGAUCAAAUCGGAAGGCGACCCCAUCCCGUGUGCCACCUCCUCCUCGGCUCCAUCAUCAUCAUGCCAGAAGCGUCUCUCCCCAGCCGUCUCCAUCCACGAGAUUGAGGCGUUCCGCGAGCGCUGGAACAAAGAACUUUCCUGGCGAUCUGCCGUC